AUGGCGGAUGUAUUCGAUCUGGAGCUCCACGAGGGAGACGACCUUCGCGAUUCGGAUGACGACGUAGUCAUUGAGAUCGAAGAUGUUGACCUGGAACCCGAACUUCACAUCAACUCAAACCUAGACACUGAGGGAUCAGAAACGAUACCCCUGUCGGAGGAUAUUAUAAAUCCGGGCCGAAUAAAGCUGGGACCGCAAGAUUUUGAGCUAAAGAAAGUAUUAGGAAAGGGCGGAUAUGGUAAAGUCUUCCAAGUGAGAAAAACCACUGGUGCUGAUGCAAAUGCAUACUUCGCGAUGAAGGUGUUGAAGAAAGCGUCAAUAGUUAGAAAUCAAAAAGACACAGCUCACACACGCGCCGAGCGAAACAUCCUAGAAGCUGUCAGGCACCCAUUUAUAGUAGAAUUAGUAUACGCCUUCCAGACAGACGGCAAGUUAUAUUUAAUCCUAGAGUACUUGAGCGGCGGCGAGUUGUUCAUGCAUUUAGAGCGUGAGGGGAUAUUCCUCGAGGACACUGCAUGCUUUUACCUUUGUGAAAUUAUACUGGCGCUUGAGCACCUGCACAAUCUCGGCAUCAUCUAUCGGGAUCUGAAACCAGAGAACGUGCUCCUCGACGCGAAGGGUCACGUCAAGCUGACUGACUUCGGCCUAUGCAAGGAACACAUCCAGGAGGGCAUCGUGACGCACACGUUCUGCGGUACGAUCGAGUACAUGGCUCCGGAAAUCCUCACACGUAGCGGACAUGGCAAAGCGGUCGACUGGUGGUCACUCGGUGCCCUGAUGUAUGACAUGCUGACGGGAAUGCCCCCAUUUUGUGCGGACAAUCGUAAGAAAACGGUCGACGCGAUCCUGAAGGAUAAACUCAACAUCCCGGGCUACCUGACGCCGGAUUCACGGGACCUGAUCCGCCGGCUGAUGAAGCGUCAGGUGUCGCAACGUCUCGGCAGCGGACCAACGGACGGUCAGGCCGUGCGAGCACACCCAUUCUUCAAGAACGUCAACUGGGACGACGUGGUGGCAAGAAGGCUGGAUCCGCCGAUAAAACCCGUACUGGUUAGCGAGGACGAUGUGUCGCAGUUCGAUACCAAGUUCACGAAAGAGAUCCCUGUCGAUUCGCCCGAUGAGACACAGCUGAGUGAAAGUGUCAACCUGAUCUUCCAGGGUUUCACGUACGUCGCCCCGUCGGUGCUGGAGGACAUGCAAACGGGUAUUACACCGCGUUCGCCCCGCCGGCUGCCACGCCAUCACUACGGCCACCAUUUGCACCACCACCAUCACCUCCACCACGGUCCGGGCAGCAAUUCCGGGACGUCAUCAUCGUCGGGAGUGCACAGUGGCGGUAGCAGCAACGCCAGCAGUAGCAGCCGCAUGAUGCCGACGGGCGCGGCCGGUGGCCCGAGCAUGGAAAAUGGUAACGUAUGGAAAAUGGCACCUUACCAGAAUAUGCACAAUCAUCACCCGCUGCCACACGUGCACCAGCAGCAACGGGCAGGCCAACCGAUGGUUCCACCGCCGCAGCAGUCGGCAGGUUCUUCACAACAGCCACACAAUCAAUCGCAACCAACACAAAGCGCCGCCGCCGCAGGGGCCCCCGGUAGUCGGCCGUUCAACGCGGCCUUCAUUUCCCGACGAACGCCUCCCCAUCUGCAACCGUUCGCCCCGAGACCGUCGCCGCAGGACGAAAUGAUGGACGUGUACCCGGAGAUGUCUAUCUCUUAG